CAAAUUUCAACCAUUCAUUAGUCUCACCUCUAUCAGCAACUCAUCACCGAUUUCUCCUCUUUCUUCUUUCUGAGUUUUGUUUCUGUGAUCUCCUACAAGCCAUGGAUUUUGUGAGCCCAAUCCUUGAUGCUGCCUCUCGUUUAUGGGAUUGCACUGCCAAACGUGCUGCUUAUCUCACUGAUCUGCAAGAAACCCUUGAAUCUUUGAGAAACGCCAUGGAGGAUCUGAAGACCGUGGCUGAAGAUGUGAAGAAUAAGGUGGAUCGUGCUGAGGAAGACCGCGAGAUGAGACGGACACAUGAAGUGGAUGGGUGGCUCCACAGAGUACAAGUCUUGGAAAAGGAAGUCAGGGAGAUACUGCAGAAAGGUGAUCAGGAAAUCCAGCAGAAAUGCCUCGGAACCUGCUGUCCCAAGAACUGCCGGUCAAGCAACAAGAUGGGGAAGAUAACAAGUAAAAAGCUUGGUGCCGUCACUAAACUGAGGAGCAAAGGGUGUUUCAGCGAUGUGGCUGAUAGGCUGCCUAGAGCUGCGGUGGAUGAGCGGCCAAUUGAGAAGACUGUAGGAUUGGAUCGGAUGUAUGCAGAGGUUUGCAGAUGCAUCCAAGAUGAACAACUGGGAAUUAUUGGAUUGUAUGGUAUGGGGGGUGCCGGGAAAACUACCCUCGUGACCAAAGUCAAUAAUGAGUACUUCAAAACAUGCAAUGACUUUGAAGUGGCCAUUUGGGUUGUAGUAUCCAGGCCAGCAAGUGUGGAAAAAGUACAAGAAGUCAUUCGCAACAAGUUAGACAUCCCGGAUAAGAGAUGGAGAAACAGAACUGAGGAUGAAAAAGCAGCAGAAAUUUUCAAUGUCUUGAAGGCAAAAAGGUUUGUGAUGCUGCUAGAUGAUGUAUGGGAGCGGCUUCAUCUCCAAAAAGUGGGGGUUCCUUCUCCUAAUUCCCAAAACAAGUCCAAAGUAAUAUUAACAACCCGUUCUCUGGAUGUUUGUCGCGAUAUGGAAGCUCAAAAAAGCAUUAAGGUUGAGUGUUUGAUAGAAGAGGAGGCCAUCAAUUUGUUCAAGGAGAAGGUUGGAGAGACCACUCUAAAUUCACAUCCAGAUAUACCCCAGCUGGCUGAAACUGCUGCUAAAGAGUGCGAAGGUUUACCACUUGCACUCAUCACUAUUGGGAGAGCUAUGGUCGGCAAGAGCACACCACAAGAAUGGGAGCGAGCCAUACUAAUGUUGCAGACUUAUCCAUCAAAGUUUUCAGGAUAAGAUUUUGAAGAAUGGUCGGACUCAACUGAAACUUCUUGCAAAUGUUUGAAUUUCUGGAUGCUAAGUGUGCACAGGGUGGAUUGCAGAAAUAAACAUCCAAAUUAAAGAGACAAAAAAAUAAAUAAAUAAAUAAUCCUUUGUGCUUAUAUUGUGUGUAAAGAUGAGUAUAUUUGGAUUGUGUGUAAGGUGCCAUACCAUGAAGCUACUGUAAUUUUUAUUGGCUUUAAUUGAUUGGAGUGCUUGUAUUAAGAAUGACAAUUUCUCAACUUGAGAUUUGAAAUAAAUUUUAGGUAAUACUUCACCAA